UCCUUUUCUCCCUAUCUCCCCCAUGGCGAAUACGAUUCGUGCGUCUGUGAUUCAAUCCUGCACUGCCCGUUUCAAUCUAUCAGAGACAUUGGACAAAUUUGAAAAGCUGACUAGACUUGCGAAAGAGCGUGAUGGAUCGCAGCUCGUUGUAUUCCCCGAAGGCUUCAUCGGGGGCUACCCGAAAUGGUCGACCUUUUCAUGCUUUGUAGGAGAGAGAAUUUCUGAGGGCAGGGACGAGUUCGUCAGGUAUUAUAAUGCGGCGGUUGAGAUUCCUUCGCCAGCGACAGAUCGUAUCGCAGAAGUGAGCAAGGCGACAGGGGUUUUUGUGGUCAUGGGGGUCAUCGAGCGUGAUGUUGGGACGCUCUACUGUACCGCCAUAUUCGUCGACCCCGUUGAGGGCCUAGUGGCAAAGCAUCGAAAACUACUACCGACAGCAUGUGAACGUUUCAUCUGGGGGCAAGGCGAUGGAAGCACCCUUCCCGUUGUAUCAAAGAAGUUCCAAUCCUCCGUCGAGCCAACGCGCACCGUCGAGACGAAGAUAUCCGCUACCAUAUGUUGGGAGAAUUUUAUGCCUUUGCUCCGAACUUAUUAUUACUCUCUCGGGACGCAAAUCUAUUGCGUACCGACUGUUGACUCGCGUGAGACUUGGGAAAGCUCCAUGCGACACAUCGCAUUCGAAGGACGUUGUUUCGUGCUUUCUGCGUGUCAAUUCGCGACCGAGAAAGACUACCCUCCGGACCAUCCCGUUGCAGAUGCCAGUGCUCGCAAUCCUGACAAUGUCAUGAUCAACGGUGGCAGCUUGAUAGUCAGCCCUCUGGGAAAAGUACUCGCUGGUCCCACGAGGAAGCCCGAGGACAUCUUGACUGCAAAUCUUGACCUUGAUGAUGUUGUCCGAGGAAAGUUCGAUCUCGAUACUGUGGGGCACUAUUCUCGUCCAGAUGUCUUUCAGCUCAAAGCAAACAUCUCGCCUUGAUUUAGGCAGGGGGGCCCAUGCUCAGGAAAGAGGAGGAGAGUGUAACGACGAUCUCUUAUUAUCAUUUCUACUGCCAAUAUCAUGUCUAUCAAGUUGAUGUAUGCAAUGAACAUCGUGUUCACUUUUAACAGUUU